UCUGGUUCCAUACGUGUCUGCAUAGCUUGUCGUUCAACGUUUUGCAGUAUGGCCUCCAACAUCAUCCGAACUUGUUAUAACUGUGGUGAACUGGGUCACUUUGCCCGGUUCUGCCCUCAUCCUCCUCGUAAUGCUGUUCCUUCCAAUCCAAAUACUGCUAUCAUUCCGGUCCAGACUCCUCUUCUUAGUCUACCUGGUCCCAGUUCUACUAUCCCUGCCCCAACAUCGGGUUACAAUAGUAACAAUUCUAGUAGCAAUCACGGGUAUGGCGGCUACAAUGGAGGUGGUGGGUGGAAUCAGACGAAUCGUAGGUUGAAUACUUUAGAGGAACAGGUGUCAAGAAUCAAGGUUCGCCAUGACGCUGAAGAAGCCAAAGAACGGCAACAGAAGGAGGCAGCGGAACGGGCUGCAAAAGAAAAAGAAGAAGAACAAAGAAGACUACAAGCGAAGAGGGAGCGGGAAGAAUUUCAGAAAGAAAUUGGCGACGCCAUGAAUGCUCGUAUAGACAACUUGUGUGAAGCACUGCUAGGAAAGAAGGCGAAAGACCAGGAUGGAGAGGUGGAAAAAUUGAAGAACGAGGUGGAGAACUUACGUCGAUUACAGUUUACUCAGGGGAUAACGGCGAACGUAAGUGUGGCUACUCCGGAACGAUCGGUUAGAAGGGUUCGCGAUCAGGAGGAAGCUCACCGGAGGAUGCAGGAGGAGACUGAACAAAGAAUGUCUCGAAUGGAAGAUGAAAUCCGGCGAUUGAAGAACGAGAGAGACGAAGCGAUGGCGCAUGCUGAGUCAUGGCGACUUGAAGCAUUACGUCCGGGUAAUAAGCGAGGCCCUGUAGUGGUGGGUGCCACACCUUCGACUCAGGAAAGGGUUCGUCCUCACUGUACACCUGCAAAGUCGCCUAGUAUGUCGGUUUGCCACGCUCGCGAGGUAGCCACUCUCAAGGAACUGCGGGCGAAAGACCUCAACGGGCGAAGAGAGGCGGAGCAGGAGGUGGAUAGACUGAAGGAGGAAAUGGCAAGAUUGGAGAUGGAGAAGCAGCGUGCUCCUGGCACCAACCUGCGAGCACGGAUGGAUGAAGCUGCCAAAGCAUCUGGCAGCCAACCGGCAAAAGGGAAGAAGCCUGUGGAAGUGCAGAUGAGCCAACGUGACACGUUCAUUGCGGAUAAUCGGCGGAUACUGAGACCAUUGAAGAUGGAUGAAGUGAGGAUUUUGUGUACCAAAGAAGGGGUUACUUACACUACGUUGGAUCGAGCCAAGGAGGAUAUUAUAAGUAAAAGGGUUGCGCUGGCCUUCGGCAAACAAGUGGCGGACGGCGGCGUGCAGGAAUUGUCUGAUGAUUCUGCUGGUGGGAGUGCUGACCUCGGUAAUGCCGGCAGACAGGAUCUGACUUCUUAGGAUCUAUCCCGAACACGGCUUACCUUUGGCAACUUGCAAAUUUCUGUGGUAAUCUUCGUCAAUCUAUUCCCCAUUUGCUGCAAUGUCGAGCGUUGAAUAGCCUC